CCUUCUCGUCUUGGCGUCAAGGCGUGCUAUUCUGCCUGGCACGCGUCCGUCCGCCAUCCACACCGCACCACCCCCGCGAGCGACCCAAGCUUAGCCACAAUCCCCACCCGUCCCACCCUCCCCGCCGAACCCGCCGAUGCAAAACGAGGCGCGGGUGGGCGGCGUGGCCCUCGACGGCUGCGGCGCCGUCUCGGCCUCCCCCGCCAGGAGCAGCAGCAGCGCCACAUCGGCACCGCCGCGCACCUUGCCGCCGGAGGCUUCGCGGGCGUCGUCAGCAAGACCUGCACCACGCCCCUCGCCCGCCUCACCAUCCUCUUCCAGCUUCUCGGAAUGGUGCCUGGCCUAGAUGACCCAAAUUAUGUUAGUGUCGUACGUUUACUUGGUGGUGGUCUAGCGGGAGUGACAGCUGCAUCUGUAACUUACCCGUUGGAUGUUGUUCGAACUCGUUUGGCAACACAGCUUUAUAGACCAAGGAAGGGAUGGCAUCGAGGUGCCGAUAGAGGCCCUAGGUCGAGGCGGCGAGAUGCAGAGAUGCGGGGUAGUGCGGAUGAAGAGGCAGCUCCAGAUCCGCGCGCAACCGCCGCUCUCUCCUUCCUCCGCCGCCUUCCCUGUGCUCAGCUCCGUCUUCUCCCCGCCCUCCAUCCCCAUGUGUUUUGCAGCGACCCUAGGAGGAGCUCGAGCCACAUCGGUGAAUGUUCUCUGCUAGGUUGAGUUAUGCUUCAACCGCGUCUAUGAUGUAUGAAUUCCUCACUAUUUUCAUGAUCAUGAUGCUUUGUUUUGUGUGGUUCUCAUGCAAAUUUUGGAGGUUUAGGAUUGGGCUGAAGCCACAAAAUAGAAGGGGUGAAUGAGGCGACGGCUGACGGCAACCACAAGAGGAGGUCGGGGCCGUCGAAGAGUAUGCGUGGGCGACUCCGGCGAAUGUCGAUGAUGCGGCAAUGAGAAGACCCUCUCUAUGAGCCCUAUCCAUCUCAAUUGGCGUCUCGAUUUUUUGUUCUGGUUCUCCCUGUUUCUCUCCUUUAUUAUGGUGGUCGGUCCGUUGAAAACACCAGCUGCUAAGGGUCUAUAGACAGUUAUAAGAAAGCAUCCAUACUUCCAUAGGAAAAAGCUUGCACUUACGAAAUAGCAGUCUUAGAGUAGAGAGUGCAAGGAAGAUUUGAUCAUUUGUCUGAUGUGGUGAUGUCCAUCUGCUGAAUGAAACGUUCGUCCGGUCAGCUCUAUUUUAUUUUGUUUUCAGCUCCAUGUGCCGAUUCUUUGAUGAGUUUCAAACUUCCAAUUUGAUGGAUGGUCCUGCAGAAGAAGAGCACGAAGAACAUCCUUCUUCCUAUAUAUCUCAAAUUGGUUGCUUUCAGUCAUAAUAUUUAAACUACUAUUGAUCUUCUAAAAUAUCAUUUGUUAUUUCUUCCAGCUAUCAAUUGGUCACUUUUGAUGUGUUUUUGACAUUACGAGCCUAUCACUUUUGAUGUGUUGGUAUUAGAAUGAAAUGGAAUUGCCAUUUCAGUUUGUGUGUACACUCUAUUUAUGCUUUUGAAGUACAUAUCAUUGCACAGUUAUUAAUGUAUGAUUCAUAUAGAACUUGAUGAAUUGCAGAGUUAUCCUUUCACAAUUUUAUAAGAUGUUGAAAUCAAUUCGCCUUCUUUUUGAUGAGCUGGUUCUCUUAGAAAAUCGGCACGGCACCUGAAGGUGACUAUUUUAAUUCCUAUAAUCAAUGGCUACAAACUUCUUCUAGCUCUACAAUGAGGCAGGUAAUGCAACUUAUGCCAUUAGUACUAUAUUGGUGAUUUGAAUUGAAAAAAAAUGUAAUUAGUUUUUCACUUCUGGAUACCUUUUUCUUAGAACAAUGCAUCUAUCGUGUAAUCAGUGUGAUGAUAGAACUGACAAUAUUGCUGUAUAGCUUGUUGAGUAGAACAUGGCCGCUUGAUUUUAAUUAUCAAACAUCCUGGUUCACUACAUUUAUCAAUUUGUUAGUAUGUCCAUGCAAGUUGUAGCUUUGUUAAUUUCCUUCUCCAUGUAGUCUCUUUGUACUGGAGUAUUUCAUAUAUGACUUAACUAUAUCUUGCUGAAUAUUUAUUUUAUGUUUUAGAUGGUACAAACUAUAAGUGUACCUUAAAGAAUACUUAUUCUAUGCAGCUACCUAUAUCCUGA